AUGAGCGGAGGACAUCCCGAGUCGAGCAAAACGGUGUGGUCGCGGGGCGACCACUCAGAGCAGCUUUGUUUUUGUUUACCAGCGAGCACGGAGCUCACCCUCGUCAUCGCCAUCAUCAUCAUCAUCAUCAUCACGAGCAUCAUGGAAGUUCAGCUGAGUCAGCAGCAGCAGCUCGUGCCGCCCGCCUGUUUCUUCACGUCGGCGGCGGCGCAGAGCGUCCCGCUGAGCCCCAGCAGCGGCAGCCCGGCCGGCAAGCCCUCCUCCAAGGCCCCCAAGCGGCCGCGUUCGUCGUCGCCGGAGCUUCUGCGCUGCAAGCGGCGCCUCAACUUCGCCGGCUUCGGCUACACGCUCCCGCCGCAGCAGCCCCAUGCCGUGGCGCGCAGGAACGAGCGCGAGCGCAACCGCGUCAAGCUGGUCAACAACGGCUUCGCAACGCUGCGGGAGCACGUGCCCAACGGCGCCGCCAACAAGAAGAUGAGCAAGGUGGAGACGCUGCGCUCCGCCGUCGAGUACAUCCGAGCCCUGCAGCAGCUCCUGGACGAGCACGACGCCGUCAGCGCCGCCUUCCAGUCUGGCGUGCUGUCGCCCGGCAUGGCGCAGGGCUACGCCGCCGACAGGAACUCCAUGGCCGGCUCGCCCGUGUCCUCCUACUCGUCGGACGAAGCCUCGUACGACCCCCUCAGUCCUGAGGAGCAGGAACUCCUGGACUUCACCAACUGGUUCUGAGCAUCUUUCGCACGGAGUGAGGAUCGGUCAGUCCGGACCGGGGUGAUCCUGGAGGAGCCUCGAGAUGCACUGUGAGGCUCGGCCCCACAAAGCAGAGACAGAACUCUGCAGAGAGAACUCUUGGGAGAACCAGGAUGAGCGCCACAAAGAAAGGAUUUAAGAGACUUCUGUGGUCCGGGACACACAAAACAAGCAGCACGUUAUUUAAAAGCGUACAGAAGAAGAAUCAACUAUGCUAAAUCCAAUCACAGCAGCCCCAAAAUGCUUCCAAGUUGCGGAUUUAUCCCACAAGAUUCUAUAGAAGGCUUUUUUUCUUGGAAAUAUAUCACCUAUUUUUGUAUGUAAAGAGAUUUAUAGAGGCUUUUGUACACAUCUUUCUUUUGUAUAUAAAUAUAUAUAUGUUGCGUGUGCCUAUAUACUGUAUCUAUAUGCAUGUAGACGCUCCAACACAGCACCGAUACGUGUCUUAUUUAAUAGAGAAUGUACAUGAACAUUGUCCAUGAUCAAAACUUAUGCAGCUAGUGUCCAAACAAAGCGUUGGAGAAAAAAGAAGCAGAUUUUCUACACACUCCAG